AAUUUUCGAAUAAUAUAAACAUUCAACAAGUGUCGGUAAUUUUGCGGUUUCAAUUUUCGCAUAACUACUAUAAUUUUUAUGCUUUUCUAAGUGUACGGAAUGCUUUUACAGAUUAUCGUUUAUAUAGUUUAAUAAUUUAAAGCGCAAACAAUAUUUUAAAAGCUACUAAGUAUAUUUACUUCUCUAAUCUUUUAUUCAUAUUUCAUAUCAUUACGUAUCACCAAAAGUUUGGUAAAACAUUAAAAUUCGUUCUGACCUUGAGAAUUAUCAUUAUCAUUAUACAUUGUUAACCAUUCCGUGCGUGUUCGUCAAACGGUUUCGUUGUGUAUUUUAAUUUUAAAGAAACGCAAUGGCAGCUAGUGCAUUAAGUAAAACAACAAAAACUACAGCGAACCUUCUACAAUGCACAAAGAAGCUAGCAUGUCGUACAUUCACAACUCAGCUGAACGAUCAGCAGAGAGAAGUGCAGGAGCUGGUGAGAAAGUUCAGCAAGGAGCACCUAAAGCCACAUGCUGCACAGCUCGACCGGCAGGGAAGGUUCCCGUUUGAACAGAUAAAAAGGCUUACGGACCUCGGUUUCAUGGGCGCUUGCGUCGAUCCAGAGUACGGCGGUCUCGGCCAUGACUAUCUCUCUCUAGCGGUAGCUGUAGAAGAGAUAUCCCGAGGUUGUGCAAGUACUGGGAUGUUGCUGUCGAUACAUAACUUCCUUUUCGCGAACUUGGUUAAUGAGAGAGGCACUCCGGAGCAAAAGGAAGCCUUUUUGAGGGACUUUACGAAAGGAUCCAUUGGAUGCUUCGCUCUGAGCGAGCCAGAUGCAGGAAGUGACGUAGCGAACAUAAGAACGACAGCGAAACAAGAUGGCGACCAUUGGAUUCUCAAUGGAAAGAAGAGUUGGGUCACAUCUGCCGUUGAAGGAUCUGCUACUGUUGUGUUCGCGACUUUUGAUCCGGAGUUGAAACAUAAGGGGAUUGUUUGUUUUUUGGUGCCAUUAGACUAUGAAGGUGUAUUCCGCGGCAAGAAAGAGCCAAUUAUGGGUGUCAGUGUCUGUGACAGAGCCGCUACAGCGUGUGACCUCACGUUAGAGGAAGUGAGGAUACCGGCUAGUUACAUGGUGGGGCAGCCGGGGGCAGGGUUCAAGAUCGCUAUGGGGCAACUGGAUCAGGGCAGGAUUGGCAUCGCGGCACAUGCUGUAGGAAUCGCUCAAGCGGCGCUCGAUACUGCCAUCAACUAUGCGAAGGAAAGAGUCGCCUUUGGCAAGAAUUUGACCAGGUUACCGUCUGUUAAAGACAGACUAACAGACAUGUGUAUAAAAGUUGAAACAGCCCGUCUAUUAACAUACCGAGCGGCAACAGACGUAUGUACUAAAAACAGCGCAAUGGCGAAAUACAUGGCGGGAAGAAACGCGGCGGCUGUUGCUGAUCAUUGCGUGCAGAUACUGGGCGGUAGGGGGCUGUCCACUAAGUAUGAUGCUGAGCGGCAUUACAGAGAUGCUCGAGGCACACAAAUCUACGGCGGUGUGACGGACAUACAGAAGCGUCUAGUUGGACAUUUCCUGCUCAAAGAACAUGAUGCACUGUGAUACGGAUAUUUUUAGUGCUUUUUUCGAAUUGUACAUAAUCAAAUAUACGUAAAAAUAAUAUUUUAGCAUGAUCAGUUCAAAAUGUAAAGUGAAUGUGGAAAAAAUAUAUGAAUAUAGAUGAUUUUGCGUACACGAAUUUAUGAAUUAUUUUAACGUCAUUUCAAAGGCAGUUAUUAACUUUUAAAUUUAAAUGGUUUUGGCAUUUUGCAGAAUUUAAAAAAGAUCACUGAAAAUUAAAAAUUUCCUGUGAUUUUGAGCAUUUUGUUGUUAUUUUUUGGUGCUCUUAAAAAUAUGGUGCUCAUAUUACCAUUUUUUGUUAAAAAAUAUUUUUUCAGUCUACUCGAUUUUUUCAGUUUUCUGUUAUUAUAUGAAGGCUCACAUGCAUUUUCUAGAAUAAGUGCAAGUGUACUUAUAGCAUUCCAAUGCUUUUUAAAAUUCAUCAAAUGAUAUUUAUUAAAAAAAAAAAUCAUAUUUUCCUUUAUUAUUUUAAAUUUCUCGAAAUAAUAGCAAUGAACAAAUAAUUCGUUAAAAAUUACCUAUUGUAUCAUUUCAUUUUUUAAUAAUUAUCAAUAUAUCAAAAAGCAGAAAACAAAUAAAAAUACGAUUUUUAAGUCGUUUAUCAUUGAUUUUUUAAUAGUUGAACAAAUUUCAUAUAAACAGUAUUUGAACUAGCCUAUUUAUUAUAGCUAAGAGAAAAUGCAAGAUAAAUAAAUAAAAAAUAUUGGGAACAAAAAAAAAAUACAUUUUUUUGUUCAUUACAGGGUUAUAAUAUUUUUUAGUUAUUCUUUUACGAGUGGGAUAGAUACAACGAAUCGAACCUCAUGAAAAUCGGUUUAGCAUUUCCUGCGUUUUAAAUUGCCAAUUUUGCAAUGUACUUUUUUAUAAUUUAAGAUUUAUAAAUAUUCAGCUUGCAUUUUAUCUAACUAUGUAUUAUUAUCAGUGUAAAUCCAUACUCUUUUAAUUGUUUAUAAUAUAUAAGUGUUGAUGUUAUUAAAAGUUAUUUUUUGAAA